CUUCAGCUGACAGCUGCUGGCGCGGUGGCCGCCGAGCAAGAUGGCGCUGCGGCCCGGAGCGGGAGCCAGCGGGGCGGCGGGGGCCGGCGGGGCAGGCAGCUUCCUGUUUCCUGUUGCAGGUGGGAUGAGACCCCCUCAAGCAGGCCUGAUGCCAAUGCAGCAGCAAGGAUUUCCUAUGGUCUCUGUCAUGCAGCCCAAUAUGCAAGGCAUGAUGGGAAUGAAUUACAGCUCUCAAAUGUCCCAAGGACCCAUUGCGAUGCAGGCAGGGUUACCGAUGGCGCCAAUGCCGGCAGCAGGCAUGCCUUACCUGGGGCAGGCACCAUUCCUGGGCAUGCGUCCUCCAGGCCCACAGUACACUCCAGACAUGCAGAAGCAGUUUGCUGAAGAGCAACAAAAACGAUUUGAACAGCAACAAAAACUCUUAGAAGAAGAAAGAAAAAGACGCCAGUUUGAAGAGCAAAAGCAAAAGCUCAGACUUCUGAGUAGCGUGAAACCCAAGACAGGAGAGAAGAACAGAGACGAUGCUUUGGAAGCCAUAAAAGGAAACUUGGAUGGGUUUUCCAGAGAUGCUAAGAUGCAUCCUACUCCAGCAUCGCACCCCAAGAAACCAGAUUGUCCCACAUCAUCUCAUCUCAUUUCCCCAUCACCUGCCUUUCUUGAUGAAGAUGAAUUCAGUGACUUUAUGCAGGGGCCUGUGGAGGUUCCUAUUUGUGUGCCAUCUUCUGCGGCCCAGCCCUUUCAGUCUUUCCUUCCCACCACCCCAUUUGGCCAGUUGCAUGCACAGAAGGCUGGGGUACAGCCUCUCCCUCCAGGUCAGAUUCCAGUGUCUUUUGCCUUACAUGGUGGCCCUGGGCAAAUGCCUUAUUUCUCUUCUGCUUCAACUUCACACAGUGUGCAGAAAGCAGGCCCUUCCUUGGAGGAGAAGCUCCUAGUAUCUUGUGAUAUAAGUACAUCUGGGCAUGAACAAAUUAAAUUAAGUACUCCUGAAGCUGGGCACAAAGCUCUAGUCCCAGAUUCCAGUGAGAACCAUCCCACUUUAACGGCCAGUCAUGGGGGUGCUGUAGAUGGAUGUGUAAAUGGUCCCACCACUGCAGAGGCAGAAAAGACUUCAGACCAAAACCUGUCAAAUGAAGAGAGUGGUGUGGGUGUGUUUCCCUCGCAGGAUCCUGUUCCACCCAGAAUGCCUCCUUGGAUUUACAAUGAAAGUUUGGUCCCAGAUACCUAUAAGAAAAUUUUAGAAACCACAGUGACUCCAACUGGAAUAGAUACUGCUAAACUUUAUCCCAUUCUGAUGUCAUCUGGACUUCCCAGGGAAACUCUUGGACAGAUAUGGGCCUUGGCCAAUCGAACUACACCUGGCAAACUCACUAAAGAAGAGCUUUACACUGUUCUCGCCAUGAUAGCAGUAACGCAGAGGGGUGUUCCUGCCAUGAGUCCUGAUGCUUUGAAUCAGUUCCCAGCAGCUCCCAUUCCAACGUUAAGUGGCUUUUCUAUGACUCUGCCUACCCCAGUGAGCCAGCCGACUGUGAUGCCCUCUGGCCCUUCAGGGUCCAUGCCCCUCAGCCUUGGACAGCCAGUCAUGGGCAUUAACCUUGUUGGACCAGUGGGUGGAGCUGCAGCCCCAGCUUCCAGUGGCUUCAUGCCAUCUUACCCAGCAAAACAGGUGGGAAAGACAGAAGAGGAUGACUUCCAGGAAUUUCAAGAUGCUUCUAAGUCAGGAUCCCUUGAUGACUCGUUCACUGACUUCCAAGAGGUGCCUCCUUCCUCAAAAACAAAUAAUUCCCAGCAUGGAAACAGUGCUCCAUCUUUGUUGAUACCACUUCCUGGAACUAAAGCUUCAAAGGAUAAAUAUGCAGUGUUUAAAGGAAUUUCAGCUGACAAACCCUCUGAAAAUGCUGUUCCAUUUGGAGAGUCUGCUGAUAAAUACAGUGCUUUCCGGGAACUUGAGCAGACCACAGAGAAUAAACCUUUAGGAGAGAGCUUCACAGAAUUCAGAUCUGCAGGAACUGAUGAUGGUUUCACCGACUUUAAGACAGCCGACAGUAUAUCACCUCUAGAGCCACCAACGACAAAAGACACUUUCCCAACAUCCUUCCCCUCAGGACCUAUACAGCAGAAACAGCAAACACAAGUGAAAACUCCUCUGAACUUAGCAGACCUGGAUAUGUUUUCCUCAGUUAAUUGCAGCAAUGAGAAACCAUUGCCCUUUUCAGCAGCAUUUAGCACAUCUAAGUCAGUUUCUACAAGACCUCAGCCAGGGGGAUCUACUACAAGCCCAGCAGCACUGGCAUCCACUAAAACUUCUAGUCUGGCUGAUGAUUUUGGAGAAUUCAACCUCUUUGGGGAAUAUUCUAGUCCUGCAUCAGUUGGGGAGCAGGAUGACUUUGCAGAUUUUAUGGCUUUCAGUAACAGCUCUAUUUCUUCUGAGCAAAAAGCAGAUGACAAAUAUGAUGUCCUCAGAGAGGAACCAAGUCCCGUUCCUCUGACCAGCAACUCAGGCAGUGAGGGAAAGAGUACACCUGCUACAUCCACCAAGUAUGAUGUCUUCAAACAGCUUUCCCUAGAAGGAGCUGGACUAGGUGUCGAAGAGUUAAAAGAUAACACUCCUUUUGGAAAAGGUGAUGAUGAUUUUGCUGAUUUUCACUCCAAUAAAUUUUCAUCCAUGAAUUCGGAGAAAUCCCUGGGAGAGAAAGCAGUAGCUUUCAGACACACCAAAGAAGACUCUGCUUCAGUGAAGUCCCUAGAUCUCCCUUCUAUUGGUGGCAGCAGCAUUGGCAAGGAGGACUCAGAAGAUGCGCUUUCUGUUCAGUUUGACAUGAAACUGGCUGAUGUGGGAGGAGAUCUUAAGCAUGUCAUGUCUGAUAGCUCUUUGGAUUUACCAACAGUUAGUGGCCAGCAUCCUCCUGCUGCAGAUAUAGAGGACUUAAAAUAUGCUACUUUUGGAAGCUACAGUAGCAGUUUUACAGUGAGCACACUUACAAGCUAUGACUGGUCAGACAGGGAUGAUGCAUCUCAGGGCAGAAAACUCUCUCCAUUUGUCCUCUCAGCAGGAAGUGGGUCCUCCUCAGCCACCUCAGUUCUUCAAAAGAAAGAGACCUCAUUUGGUAGCUCUGAAAACAGCACCAUGUCAUCGCUCUCCAAAGUAACAACCUUUGCAAGUGAGGAUGCUCUUCCAGAGACUCCCUUCCCGGCCUUUGCCAGCUUUAAAGACAUCAUGCCUCAGACCAGUGAACAAAAGGAAUAUGAAAAAUAUGGAAGUGGGGACUACCAGGAUUUCCCAAGGCAGGAUCUGUCCGCAGCUGAACAGAGCCAGGAGAUCAUGUGUCCAAGCCCAGCAUCCAGUGGUGCCUCUCAUGAAACCCCCAAAGAAUGUGCUGAUGACUUUGGGGAGUUUCAGAGUGAAAAGCCCAAAAUCAGCAAAUUUGACUUUUUAGUAGCCAAUUCACAAAGCAAAAUGAAAUCCAGUGAAGAAAUGAUCAAAAGUGAGCUGGCAACCUUUGACCUUUCUGUUCAAGGAUCACACAAGAGAAGCUUGAGCCUUGGGGAUAAAGAAAUAAGCCGGUCCUCUCCUUCUCCAGCCCUUGAGCAGCCUUUCAGGGAUCGUUCCAACACUCUGAGUGAGAAGCCUGCUCUGCCUGUCAUCCGUGACAAGUACAAAGAUCUGACAGGCGAGGUGGAGGAAAAUGAGAGAUAUGCGUAUGAAUGGCAGAGGUGCCUGGGGAGCGCCUUGGAUGUCAUUAAGAAGGCAAAUGACACCUUAAAUGGAAUUAGUAGCAGUGCUGUUUGUACAGAAGUUAUUCAGUCAGCCCAAGGCAUGGAAUAUUUAUUAGGUGUCGUGGAAGUGUACCGAGUAACCAAACGUGUGGAGCUGGGGAUAAAAGCUACUGCUGUGUGCAGUGAGAAACUCCAGCAGUUGCUGAAGGACAUUGAUAAAGUGUGGAACAACCUAAUCGGCUUCAUGUCACUCGCUACACUCACACCAGAUGAAAAUUCACUGGAUUUUUCCUCCUGUAUGCUACGGCCUGGGAUUAAAAACGCUCAGGAACUGGCUUGCGGGGUGUGCCUCUUAAAUGUGGAUUCUAGGAGCCGGAAAGAAGAGAAGCCUACAGAAGAACAUCCUAAAAAAGCAUUCAACGCAGAAACAGACAGUUUCAAGCUGGCCUAUGGAGGGCACCAAUAUCACGCCAGCUGUGCCAACUUCUGGAUCAACUGUGUUGAGCCCAAGCCUCCUGGCCUCAUCCUGCCAGAUCUGCUCUGACAAGCUCCUCUGUGAAGCUCCACCUGAGUUUUUUGGUUUUUUUCCUGUCACAUCCCUUGGGGUGACAGGCAUCAAUAAACAGAAUGCAAGUAC